UUUUUCAACCCUAGCUAUUAGUAUAAUUUUCAUUUUGGUAAGCCGGGUUGCUCCAUCUUCUGGAAAACCCUAAAAGCCCUCGUUCUAAAACCCCGCCCACACUCUCUUACAGUCUCUCGUAUUCUUCAGCAAUGGAGUUUUGGGGUGUUGAGGUGAAAAGUGGAGAGCCUCUAAAGGUUACGCCUGGUGAUGGCAUGGUUUUGCAUCUUUCUCAGGCUUGUCUUGGCGAGCUGAAAAAGGAGAAAGGAAAUGAAUCCGUCUGCAUGUUUGUAAAUGUUAAUGGAAAGAAGCUUGUACUUGGGACACUCUUUAGUGAAAAGUUGCCUCAGCAGCAGUUUGACUUAGUAUUUGACAGAGAUUUUGAGCUAUCACACAACUGGAAAAGUGGAAGUGUGUAUUUCUAUGGGUACAGGGCAAGUAACCCUUUUGAAGAAGAUGAGUUGCCAGAAGGAGAAUCUGAUGAAUCUGACUCUGAGGAGGAGAUCCCACUUGCUAUUGCAAAUAAUGGGAAUCCUGAGUCAAAGGCUAAGCCAGAGAAACCUGUGGAAGCUGAGAAGGCAAAUGCUGCCAAAGAUAAGGAGUCUGAUGCUGGUAAGCAGAAGGUGAAGAUAGUGGAGCCAAACAAAGAUGUGAAACCUGAAGAGGAUGAGGAGAGCAGUGAUGACGACUUAAUGUCUGAGGAUGAUGAUGACGACGACGACUCUGAGGACAACGAUGAUGAGGAUGACUCCGAUGAUGAGUCUGGUGAGAGUGAUGAAGAGACACCAAAGAAGGCCCAAGCAAGCAAGAAACGCCCUGCAGGAUCUGCAACAAAAACACCAGUUCAGGGCAAAAAGGCGAAAGUGACACCGCAGAAAACUGAUGGUAAGAAAGCUGGUGGUCAUGUGGCCACGCCUCACCCAGCGAAGCAGGCUGGAAAGACACCUGCCAACAAGCCAAAUCAGCAGACACCAAAAUCAGGAGGAGGAUCACAUUCCUGCAAGAGCUGCAACAGGACAUUUGCUUCUGAGAAAGCCCUGGAAUCCCACUCUAAAGCCAAACAUGCUGGUGGAAAGUAAAUCUGGAAUUGGUUUUUUCUGCGUUUUUUGCAUUACUGAGAGAUGUUUUGUGUUUCAAUGUGUAAAGGCUGGGGUAGGUUAUGAGUCUAGUGGAGGAUUUUGUUUACAAGGAUCAAUCUAGUCGGAAGAGGUUAUUUGCUCUGUUGAUGAAUUUGGAUUAUUAUAUGGAAUUUUUAUCAUUUGAUAUUGGUCUCUUUUA